AUGGCCUACGAUACCUCGAGCGGUUAUGCUCCGCCCAGCACCAGCAAUGCGCAGGACCUCGACGCGUCGCUUCCUAUGUUCAACAUAGAGCGCGUGACAUUGAACUUCUCUAUAUCCUCCGACUUCGUUGCCGCUGCGGUAGCGGACAAUGUAUUGGUCCUUGCUCUUUCGACUGGGCGCAUUCUGCGCAUAGAUAUAGACAGCCCGGCAGACAUAGACGAUAUCGACCUGCCGAAGAAGCCAUCCGAAGUCGGUGUCAUCAAACAUCUAUUCCUCGACCCCUCCGCCUCGCAUCUGAUCAUAACCACCACCCUCGCCGAGAACUAUUAUCUGCACACACAAUCGCGGACACCAAAAGCACUGUCACGAUUGAAGGGCGUCGUCAUCGAGAGCGUGUCAUGGAACCCAUCACAGCCGACUGCAUCGACACGCGAGAUACUAGUUGGAGCGUCAGACGGAAACGUCUACGAGGUCUUCAUUGAGCCUUCUUCCGAGUUUUACAGAAGGGAAGAGCGAUACCUGAAGAGUGUGUACAAAACGAACGAUGGCCCUAUCACUGGCUUGUGGACGGAUAUUGUCCCCGGGAGAACAGAUCUGCGACGGGUCAUCGUUGCGACGCCGUCAACGUUUUUGCAUUUCGCAGGCAAGAUUGGGCGCAACGGAUCUGAGGGCAGCGGGUCAAUAUUUUCAAAACUUUUCGAGAGUGAAUCUGCCACAGUUCACGAGAUUUCGAACGUUUCGCCUACCGCUACGUCGUUGCUCGCAGUCUCGCCAGAAACCCCAGAGACACCGAAUCUCGACUCUCUAAACCACGAGAGAACUUUUGGUUGGCUCACAUCCCAGGGUGUGUUCCACGGCAAGCUUUACCUCUCACAGGACACUUCUGAGCUUGGCAGUAAGGUGCUUGCGGAUUCAAAGAUGAUGCCUAGAUCGCAAAUCCCACCGUCACAGACCGCUAGUGGACGGACCAGAAGGACAAACGAAGCCGUGAGCUCAAUGGUUCUCAGCCAGUGGCACUCGCUCCAACUUGUUGAGGGGAGAAUAGUGGCUAUCAACCGCCUUGAUGACACUGUUGUUCUGGACCAAGUCGUGCUUGAGCCAGGGCAAAGUGCGCUUGGGCUCGCGGCUGAUCUUAAGAAGAAUACCUACUGGCUCUUCACCACCCAGGAGAUCUUCGAAGUGGUUGUAACAGACGAGAGUAGAGACGUUUGGAAGAUCAUGCUCAAAGCACAACAGUUUGAGGCAGCUUCGCUGUACGCCAAAACAUCGGCUCAAAAAGACGCAGUUGCAACAGCAUCUGGUGAUUACCUUGUAGGCAAGGGCCAAUAUCUCGAAGCAGCCGCAGUCUACGGGCGAAGUACCAAGCCUUUCGAGCAAGUGGCCUUGGCAUUCAUUGACAAAGGCGAACAGGACGCCCUACGGAAGUACCUUCUUACUAAACUCGCAACUUUGAAGAAGUCUUCCAUCAUGCAAAGAACGAUGGUGGCUACCUGGCUCAUUGAACUGUUCAUGGCGAAGUUAAAUACUCUGGAUGACACCAUCACAACAAAGGCCGAGUUAUCUGAGACCAUGAACACUGCAGAAACCCACGACCACCUGUCGGUGAUCAGAAAAGAGUACCAAGAUUUUGUUUCCAAAUACAAAGCCGAUCUAGACCGUAAAACCGUCUACGAAAUCAUCAGCAGCCACGGACGAGAGGAAGAGCUGCUGUACUUUGCAACCGUAGUCAACGACUACAAUUACGUUCUCUCGUAUUGGGUGCAGAGAGAAAGAUGGCAAGAGUCGCUCGACGUUCUCAAGAAGCAGACUGACCCAGACAUAUUUCACAAGUACAGUAGCGUACUCAUGGCACACGUGCCUGUUGAUCUAGUUGAAAUCAUGAUGAGACACUCGACUCUAGACGCGCAAAAGCUCAUCCCAGCGUUUCUCACCUACAACAACGUCACUAAAGCCCCGCUGAAUCAGAACCAAGCUAUUCGAUAUCUACUCUUCGAAAUCAACCAGCACCAAUCGACGGAUGCAGCUAUACACAACACCCUUAUCUCGCUAUACGCAUCCCACCCAACUAAUGAUGAGUCAGCCCUGCUUGCGUACCUGGAGGGACAAUCUCUAGCCCACGAGCAGAACUACGACGCCGACUUUGCGUUGCGUUUGUGUAUCCAACACAAGAGGGUACAAUCUUGCGUUCACAUCUACAGCUCGAUGGGCCAAUAUGUGCAAGCUGUCGACCUUGCCCUUAAGUACGACGAAGUCGACCUCGCAGGCAACGUUGCCGACCGCUCCAAUACUGAGCCCGCCUUACGCAAGAAGCUUUGGCUUGCCAUCGCCAAGAAAGUCAUCUCGCAGUCAUCGGGCAUCAAGACAGCAAUCGAGUUCCUCCGCCGUGUUGAUCUCCUCCGAAUUGAAGACCUGAUUCCUUUCUUCCCCGACUUCGUCGUGAUUGACGACUUCAAGGAAGAAAUAUGUACCGCCCUAGAGGACUACUCGCGCAAGAUCGAUGAAUUGAAGAAGGAGAUGGACGAUUCCGAAGAGACUGCGCAACACAUCAAAUCAGACAUAAAGGCUUUGGAGCAACGAUACGCUAUUGUUGAACCUGGUGAGAGGUGCUACGUCUGUGGCCUACCGCUCCUUGCUCGCCAGUUCUUCGUGUUCCCUUGUCAGCAUGCGUUCCAUAGCGAUUGUCUGGCCAAGAAGGUAGUCGAGCUCGCAGGUAUCGCGAGGGGCAAGCGAAUUGCGGAACUGCAAAUGGAUGUCAGUAAGGGAACAAGUUCGGGGGCGAAGAGGGAGAAGGCCAUCAGGGAGUUAGAUGCGUUGGUUGGGUCAGCUUGCGAGAUGGCUGUCAAGGUCAUAGAUGAACCCUUCAUUGGAGCUAUGGAUGACAAAGAGGAAUGGGCGUUGUGA